AUGGAUGCUGAUGUCGAUGAUAUCGAUGUCGAUGAUGACGAUGACGACGAUGCUGGCAUAUUCAGCAUCGCCAAUGACCGCCAAAGGGAGGACGACUAA